AACACACUCACACUUUUGAGAUACACCGUCGUACAGUCAAGUUGGAGCUCAGUUCCUGCUAGUAACGCCAUUGUCCCUGAUGGCUCUGUGGACAAUCUCCCUCCUCGCUCUCUUUCUGGGAGUUCAUGGCUGGCAUGACCUGGAUAACAGAGAGUUUGACUGCUGGCCAAUGGACAACCCAAAUGAUUUCAACAUGAUCAGCUGCCAAGGCCUUGAGAUGGCCUGGGUGUUGCGUCCCCCAGAGAAGGUGUUCAACGGAGAGGAGUUUAACGUCACGUACACGGUGACUGCCUCGGAUUCCUUCUACGAAUACGCAGCCAAGAACCAGAUUUUCCACUUCAGUGAAGUGUCGGAGGUGAGGCAGUUCUGCGAUCACCAUGAAUGUCCUUCCAACUGGAACAACGCCAACGAGAUUAACUGCUGCGUGUACCACGCCAACAUCCACUCCUGUCCCCUGGGACUUAUGAAACAAGGAGGAAUCUGUGGCCCGUGGAUCCCUGACGACGGUAAAAUAGUGACCCACACCGUAUCCAAAGCUGGCAAGAUGUCCCAGAAAAUCUGGACUUCAAAGGUGGUCUUGAUCCACAUGGGAGUCACCUCAGUGAUCGCUCAUAUCAAAAUAGGGAAGAUGCACGCAGCGCUGGAGUCCAAAGUCAUGGUGGUCAGCGCCCAAGUGUGUGGGGACGACGUGUGUGAGCUGGAAGAGACGUGUCUGAACUGCCCUGCAGACUGUGGCGUCUGCCCCAUGUCCCUGACCAUCAAGAUGGCCAUCGGCCUGCCGCUCGCACUCUUCUGCUGCGGCUUCAUUCUCACUGUAGUGUGGCUUUGGUACCAGAAACAAAAAAUGUUUUGGGACGAGAGCUGGAUCAUCAACUACAAGAACAUCAUGUUUGGUAAAGUGUGUUACAUGGGCUUCUGCAGUACCACAAGCCUCCAGCAGGGGAAGAGUAACUCCAGCAUGAGCCGCAACACCGAUACGACGGUGUGCACCGUGGUCAACACCUGCUUCCAGCCCGGCUUCAUCCAACCGGGCAUCUAUGAUGGACGGACGGUGGCGGUGAAACACAUCCAGAAGAAACAUUUCACAUUGUCCAAGACCAUCAGGAAGGAGGUGAAGGAAGUCCGGGAACUGGACCACCCAAAUCUGUCCAAAUUCAUCGGGGGCUCGAUCGAGGUGCCCUACAUCAGCAUCAUCACAGACUACUGCCCUAAGGGAAGCCUGUCUGACGUCCUUCUGAAUGGGGACAUCCCUAUCAACUGGGGCUUCAGGCUCUCGUUCGCGACUGACAUCGCCCGCGGCAUGGCCUACCUGCACCAGCACAAGGUGUUCCACGGGCGCCUGCACUCCAGGAAUUGUGUCAUCGAUGAUCGCUGGGUGUGCAAAAUCUCAGACUAUGGCCUCACAGCCUUCAGGAAGGAGGACUUUGAGGGAGUGAGCUCUGGCUUCCCCUGUGGGGACGUCAACCAUCUGUACUGCGCUCCAGAGGUGCUGCUGGGAAACAGCACCAACGCCACUGCGGUAGCAGACGUCUACAGCUACUCUAUGAUCCUCGUUGAGAUAGCGACACGCUCUGACCUCAUCUCAGAGCAGGAGCAGGGCGAGGGGGGGAAGAUGGACAUCAUGUGGCGCCCCCCGCUGCCCGAGCUGAAGGCCGGCAAGGCGGACACGGACUGCCCCAACAGAGAGGACUACUGCGAGCUCAUCAAGAAGUGCUGGUCCGAUAACCUCACCUUGAGGCCCACAUUUGAGCAGGUGAAGAAGAUGCUGGACAAGAUGAACCCCCACAAAGUCAGCCCCGUCGACAUGAUGAUGAAUCUGAUGGAGAAGUACAGCAAGCAUCUGGAGGCUAUAGUGGCAGAGAGAACUCAGGAUCUCCUUCAAGAGAAGCAGAAGACAGACCGCUUGCUAUACAGCAUGUUACCAAAGCCAGUGGCCGAUGACCUCCGGCAGGGCAGGACCGCAGAGGCUCAGAGUUACUCCAAAGCUACCGUUUAUUUCAGUGACAUCGUCGGGUUCACCCAGCUGUCUGGCGCCAGCACGCCACACCAGGUGGUGGACUUCCUCAACCAGCUCUACACCACCUUCGAUGACAUCAUUGACAACUACGACGUCUACAAAGUGGAGACCAUCGGUGACGCUUACAUGGUGGUCUCCGGGGUGCCGAACGAAAACGGCAUCAACCACGCGGGCGAGAUAGCGAGCAUGGCUCUGGAUCUGGUCAACGUCUGCCACGCCUUCAAGAUCCCGCACAAGCCCACCACCCAGCUAAGGAUACGAGCCGGCAUACACUCAGGACCUGUUGUGGCUGGUGUGGUUGGCACCAAAAUGCCCCGCUACUGCCUGUUUGGAGACACAGUGAACACGGCCUCACGCAUGGAGUCUACCAGCGAGGCUCUAAAGAUCCAGGUGAGUGGCACCACAGCUGACCUUCUGCACACCCUGGGUGGUUACGUUCUGAUGUGCAGGGGCCCGCUCGUCGUCAAGGGUAAAGGGGAGAUGACGACUUGGUGGCUCCAAUCAAGAACAAACGAGCCCAAAGACGUCCUGCUCAGAGGCUCCAACACUGAACUGCAAGAGGUCCCGGUGCCAGUUAGCAACUAGCUUGCUGGCCUAGCAUAACACAUACACAACAGGGACUUACAUGUUAGAUAUUUUGUGUAACGUACGGCCAAUUCAUGUAACAAAUAUCAGAUUUUCUUUCGUAACAUUUGUGUUCAAAUCGAUUAUUUUGUUUCAGACCAAUGAAUUACCAUGUAGCGAACGUGGACCAUGUAGCCUCAGUGGCGGAUCUAGACGAUUUGACAUGGUGUGGCAAGAGGUCUGGCAGGGGGGCAUGGGACCGCAGUAGGUGGGAAGAAUCCCAAUACGUAAAAUGGCUUUUACAAUAACAAGAACACGAAAAUACAUACGUACAUAAAUACAUACAUUUUCAACUAUUUAUUGUUACAGUAUAUCAUGCCAUAACACAUACAGACUUCCCAAGUUUGUAAAUGCACAACAGGAACAAACCCAUUGUUAUAACAAAACUGUGCGUCUCUUGAAAGUAGAAGUAGCCUAUUAAUAGCAACAUUUAAAUAUGAAAUAUAUGAAACGUACAAUAAUUUCCUGUGGAGUAUAAGUCUGAAACCGAGGCCGUGGUUAAGUAUUUGAGGGGCAGGGACCUAAGAUUACAUUUCCAAUAGAGCGAAACAGUGACCGCCCCCUUUUGAACAGCUCUGCUUCCGGAAGUAAAUUUCCCAUUCAUUUUCUCUAUUGACUUUUCAGAAAAUCGUCAUAUCAAGAGUUUGAAGCCUAACCAAUCAUCUCUCAGGUUAGGCGUGACCAUAAUACAACUGAUUCGGGGCAAAAAAAAGAGAAAAAUGGAAAAAAAGGCAAAGGUACAAGACUGUGUACAUUAUUCCAACCGAAUAGUUUAGCGCGUUUCUUGCAUCUUAUAACUUUUGUCAUUACUAUAGUGUUUAUACUGUUAAUAAAAUUGUUGUCCUAUAUAUAUUGUGUGUGUGUAUGAUAGUGUUUUCUAUAGUUUCUAUAGUGUUAUAUAGUGGAAAGUUCCAUCGUUUCUAACUAAAAUCACUGCUCCCACGAGUCACGACUAUCAAUGCAUGUCCUACCAAUGGUUAUAUAAGGUAAUAACGUACUUGUUCUUAAUACUGUACAUGUGAAUUCAGUAUCGUAUUCAUUCCACAUACACACACAAACACACACACACACACACACACACACACACACACACACACACACACACACACACACACACACACACACACACACACACACACACACUAUAUUGCAGAGUUUACCGUAAGCACUUUAUUUCUGCAUUACAUACCAUAUUUUUAUUUUUAUUUAAUUGGAUACAAUAUCUUAUGUAAUUAUUUACAAAUCAAUGUUGGUUGGGUAGUUAAUCAUGUAAGAAAUUCUAAAUGUAACUGUCAUUAACUGAAUAUAGACAAUUGCAACCACAAAGAAUGUUAUUUUUUUCAUGCAUAAAUGCUCGCUCAUGUUAAUUUUGAAAUAGGAUCAGACAUGUGUCCAUAGCUCGUGAAAGAAACUUUUUGUUUUAGCUAUUCUGUAGCGUCAUGUGUAUGUCACCUUCUAAUACAAUUUGACCUUAUUUUUUCAAUCAAUCAUCUGAGUGAGGGAAAAGUGUUUGAGGAUUGGAAAUUGUUGUUAAGGCCCCAAAUGUAGCGGAUAGUGAAGAGAGUUACAGCCUGGUUGCUCCUCUUACCUUCAUGAGGAAACUACAGGAACCGUGAAUUAUUUUCUCUCUCUAAAUAACUGAAGCCAGUCACGGUGGAGGUUGCCUUGGAAUACAUGUCAUGCAAUUUGAUAGAAAUAAUUUGCGAAUACUUUGAAAUAAGUAUAUUUAGUCAUCUUUUGCAACUAAAAAAUCAUUGAAUGAUGAAAAACCAGGUAGUGGAUACAGGCAUCAUAUAUCAUCCACCACCAUGUUUAAUCUGCUGUUACUUCCAGACAGCAUAAGGAGGUAGGUAAUAACUCAUCUAUGGGCAACAGGGAAUGAGGCUAUUUAUAAGGAAACUUUAUCACUCCACCCACUCCAGCCCAUCCAAUAGCUCCCCAACAUCCGAGCACACCAUGUUACUGCAGUCGUGAUAAGCGUUCAAUGAAUGGCAGACAUACUGUACAUCAACAACGUUGACAGGCAUUUAACUGCUUCUUAGGUCAGGUUGGGUUUCAUCGUAUCCAAGACUGCGAUUGCAAUUUUGUCCAAUGUGCUUAUUGUUCCACUUUUUACGUCAUCAUUCUUGGAAUAGCAUCUAUCUGGCCUACAUAAAGCAAGGCAUGGAUUUAAAUGGGGGUACCGACUCAGAUGUUGUUGACAGUCAACACUGAGGAAUGCGUUUUGUACUGGGUAACAAAGGGCUGAAUUAAAAAGCACCUGGA